AUGCCGGUUCUAGGACAUAUCGCAGUAGCAGCAACAGUAUUAUCAGUAUCAGCAGUACCAGCAGCUACAGCAUCUACAGAAGUAUUAGCAGUACUAGUAGCUUUAACAACUACAGCAUCAUCUUCUCAUUUGAUAGAUAUUAAAACAAUGGACUUCCAAAAAGUCAACGCCACUGGUCGCAUGGAGAGAUUUCUACCAACGAAGCCGCUUUCUGAAUUGACUGUAAAUGAGUUAUACAACGUAACUAAAAUAAACAAAGUGCAGACGAAAUAUGGUUCUAGGAUUGUAGUAGACCUGUGGGAUGUACCACCACUACCACCACCACAAUCAACACUACCACCACUACCACCACUACCAUCAACACUACCACCACUACCACCACUACCAUCACCACUACCACCAUCACCACCAUCACCACUAACACUAUUACUACUACCAAUACCACUACUACUACUACUACUACCACCACCACCACCACCACCAUCACCAUCACUACCACCACUACUCCCAACAUCACCACCAUCGUCAACAUCAACAACAUCUACAUCAACAGCUGAUUUAAUAUGCUACAGCGAACCUCCACCUCAUUUAAGACCUAGAAAAUUAUUGUCCCCCAUUCGCUCCCCAAAGUAUUCACCCUAUUUUCCUCCACUCAGAAAGCAAACCCGUCCCUUACGUUGGAAUAAUUAA